GGGGAGAGCUGUUGAAAACUUUUAUAUGUUCCCGACCUGAGCCGUGUGGGACUGGUUCCUAGGAAGUCCCAAAAUGGCCCACUUCAUGGCCAACGUUUCCGCCGGAAUCAACGACUCUUCUCUAAAUGCCACCAAUAGCAGCGAAUGCCCGUUCCCUCAUUACAUGACUCUGAUGGCCAAGAUCCAGCCCCCCUUCCUCUGGUUCAUCUUCAUGCUGGCGGCCAUAGAGAACAUUUUCGUUCUCAGCGUCUUCUGCUUCCACAAGAGUAGCUGCACCGUGGCCGAGAUCUACCUGGGGAACCUGGCGGCCGCCGACCUGAUCCUAUCCUGCAGUCUGCCCUUCUGGGCCAUGAACAUCGCAAAUAGGUUCAACUGGCCCUUCGGGGAGUUCCUCUGCCGCACGGUCAACUGCCUCGUGAGCAUGAACUUAUACAGCAGCAUCUGCUUCCUGAUGCUGGUGAGCGUGGACCGCUACCUGGCCCUGGUGAAGACGAUGUCUCUGGGGCGUCUGAGGAGGGUUCGGGGGGCGAAAACCUAUAGCGUUUUGAUCUGGCUCUGCAGCCUGUUGUUGAGCUCGCCGAUGAUCGUGUUCAGGAAGCUGAACUACCUGGAGAAUGAGGGCAUACUGGCCUGCGUGAUCAACUACCCCUCCAAGAACUGGGAGAUUUUCACCAACACCCUCCUGAACAUGGUGGGCUUCCUGCUCCCCCUCUGCGUGAUCGGCUUCUGCUCGGCCCAAAUCAUAAGAGUCCUGCAGCACAACGAGAUGCAGAAGUUCAAGGAGAUCCAGACGGAGAAGAAGGCCACCGUUCUGGUUCUCUCCGUCCUCCUGCUGUUUGUCAUCUGCUGGCUCCCCUUCCAGAUCAGCACCUUUCUGGACACCCUCUUCCGACUGAAAAUCAUAACGGGCUGCUCUGUAGAUAUGGCCAUCGAUAUAUUCACGCAGGUGGGGACCUACAUGGCUUACAGCAACAGCUUCCUGAACCCCCUGGUUUACGUCAUCGUGGGAAAGCGUUUCCGGAAGAAGUCCAAGGAGGUCUACAGGAGGUUGCUCAAAAUGGGGAGGUGCACGGGGGACGGCAACCAGCUAGAGAACUCCAUGGGCACCUUGAGAACCUCCAUCUCCAUGGACAUCCAAAAUCACAAGCAGCCGGGCUGACUGCCCGGCCAAGCAGUGAAUUUCCCCUCACCUGAACUGUUUGCACAGUCUCCUCAAGCGUCGGUGCAGGACACUUCACGUUUAUCCGUUCCAUCCACUCACCGGGAAAAGAACCACCCUCACUGAUCACUCACCAACACGCUAGAGACUGACAACGGGGUGGAGCGAACUACCGGAGUCCCUACAUCCCUCACUCCAGGGAACCAGCAUUUCCUUGCCUGACCUCUUUCCUCUGGUUUCUUGACUCUUUAGAGCAAUGACUUCUGAGAAAAGUUUUACACCAACAAAGGUGGAUGUCUGCCUCUGUAAAGCAGCUGUAUAAUGACAGUGAAGGCCAGUAUUAUCGCACUCACCUCGGCAGCACUGGGCUUGAAAGAUAAAUCGAAGGGUACGAGAAGGGUUUUCCAAAGUGGAAGGAAAAAUGGGAGUAGAAUCAUUCGGAUAAGAUAUGUCUGAGAAAGAUCUGCUCUACUUAGAGCUAAUCUUUUCAGUUUUGGAACUGGGCUGGAGAGGUAAGGGGUUAAGCCUAAUCCGACUCUGGCAAAUGACCCACUCGCGUAGGACUUUUGUGCUGUUUCUCUGGCAGUGAGAUGACUUUUUCUGAUUUCGAAUGUGACAAAUCUGAUGCCCAAAGAUAGGCAAAGUACGCCUGAGAGGGAUGGAUUAAUGGAAGGGGGAAAAAAACACUACAAAACUCAAUCAGUGAUAAUUAUUGAGUCCUUACUCUGCA